CUGAAAACGAAUAUCCAGUGUCAUUUCCCACAUGAAUUUAUUCAUGUCUUCGUGAUAAGAUCUGGUGAUGGUGCGACCUCGGCGCGCCUCCGGCCGGCCCGGCAUCUCACCAACCGAGCCGAGCAAGCGUCCCCAGAUCUUAUCAGGCCGAGAUGCCCUCAUCGCUCUGAGAUCGCAAGCAGCCGAGAGUAUACUUGCCCUAGCAUAGGCUACGACACGUUAUGAUAUUAUUCAUUUGAAGUUGUGAAUGUGGGGUUUCACGAUUAUAUUGUGCCGUAACAGAAAUGUCUGAUCGAUCCAGCCGUCUGGAUUCUCCUCUCGAUGACACAGGAGAGAGACCGACGAAGAAGCCAAAGCGGAGCUUCGUUGCUUGUCGACGAUGUCAUUCUCACAAAAUCAAGUGCUCCGGAGAGCAACCAUGCCAUAAUUGUCGACAACAGCCCGAAGGCACUGUUGACUGCGUCUAUCCGGCUCGUGACCGAAAGGUGUUGGUGCAAGAAAGUUACCUGAGGAAGCUUGAGGAAGAGAGUCAACUGUGGAAGGCAUCGGCCUCUCCUGGGAGUACCAAUCUACCUUCAGGGAGUAAAUCUGUCCCAGAAGAUCAGCGACGGCAGCAUGGCCGUUCAAACCAUCCCGGCAGUAACGAAGCUGGCGAAGGUGGCCCUUCUAAUCCGGAUGGAGACAUCCGAAACCCAUUGAUCGAGGACCGUGCCUGGUUUGUACGCGACCAGGUAUCGACACAACCGGUUUAUAUCGGCGAGGCUGCAUGCAAUGCGUUUGGUACGCGAUUACGGCAAUUCUUGAGCGGAGACGAGCCCAUGGCACCUCUUCCACAAUCGAACUAUGUCAAACAUAAGGCGCUUCUGCGGAUGUCUGACCCGUCAUUCCGCCUGCCAAAUCGCACUUAUGCCCAUCUUCUGAUCAAAGUCGCACUUCGGUUCCUUGGAAAUGACUACCACCUCAUGCUGAGGAAGGCCACGUUGGAGAAGCUGGAUGCCCUGUAUCGAGGUCAAUGUUUCGACGACCCAAUCCUCCUGUGUAGGCUGUUCGCCAUUUUUGCCAUUGGGGAGCUGUAUACAAACAGGAAAGCAACCUCAAAGAUGUCGGAAGUUCCGGGCACAGGGUUUUUCAUGCAGGCGAUGAGUUUGUUCCAGGACCUUCACGAGGAAGCCACAGUCUCUUACAUAGAGAUACUGGUCCUUCUGUCUCUCUUCUGCCUACCCCUGAACCGCACAAAGUCCGCGUAUACAUUCGCAGGGAUCGCGCUCAGACUGAGUCUGACGUUGGGACUCCAUCACAAUGUCCCAGAAGGAUAUAUGAUAUCGCCAGUCGAGCGAGAACACAGGUUGCGCGUCUGGUGGUCUGUAUACACGAUGGAUCGCAUAUCGAGUUCAAAAUUAGGCCACCCAGUUUUGGUCAGAGAUGAAGACAUCGACGCCGACUUACCAUCGAUGGAGGGUCUCUCUCCCAGCGAGCGAGAGGAAUUCUCCCCCCCAGAGCAUCUUAUCGCUCACCUCAAGCUAGCUCGUAUCACGGGAGACAUCAUUAGUGAUAUCUAUGGCCGACCCAGGCGGAGCAAGACCUUCGUACAAAGUGUGCAUAUGAUCUUGAAGGAUCUUCGGUCGUGGGCAGAGACGUUGCCAGAAAAUAUCAAGCUGAUCCAGACAAGGCCGGUGAGAUAUGCGUCGAGGAACGUUGCCUCGCUGCAUCUGUGUUUUAACCAGUGUGUGAUCCUGACUACUCGUCCAAUUCUCUUCCACGUCUUCAGAUCCCGCUUCCAGCCUCCAACAGACGGCAAUCCCUCGUCACGCAUCCCAUCACCGAUGACAUCUGCCCUCGCAGAAGCUUGCAUUCACGCCGCACGUAGCUCUAAUAGCCUCCUCACGCAGCUCUGGGUCGAUGGCGGCAUCGCCACCUUUGGUUAUUUCGACUCGCAGUACCUUUUCUCCUCCACCAUAAUCCUCAUGAUGGCCCUUGUCCUGCGAAACAGCGAAAGCGACCGCGACGCUAUCGAGACUGCUUCUGAUAUCCUGCAGUCUAUGGUCGAAGACGGAAACCUGCCCGCUGCGGCCUUUUACCAGCAUCUACUGGAGAUCCGCAAGUGUUUUGAUUUUAGCCAGGAGCACGGGAAGCAAUUCCACGGUCGUUUGGACCAGACGACGACGGGUGACAAUAAUAAUGGCAAUAGCAAUGGGGAUGGAGCUGGCGCUGCCACAGAGUCUCUGCCGCAGAAUGAGGCCACAGAGCUAUUGGCUCUUCACACAGCCUUGGACGACCCUUCCAUUCAGAGCUUCUUAACGCAGCCGGAUAUCCAUUGGGGAAUCCCCGGAGUUAUGGAAUCCAAUGGCGAUCUUGCAGCCAUGUCCAGAUGGAUAUUCGAAUGAUGGAGGCAGUCUUAGUUUCCCAUCUGCUUUGCGGGAAUGUUGUACAUGCCGUAUGAGGGCGUUUUAGUAUUGUGUGAAGUCCCUGUCGCUUCUACUCCCACUUUGUGUUUUACUAUUUUACCUAUGAUACCCAUCAAUUCAUGUCUUUAGAACCAUCAUUUCCAAACAUAGCAAAGGCAUAUAGGAUAUCCAUAGGUUCUAUAUAUACCGUUGAAUGGUAAUGUAGCUGAUGCUGCGGAGCGGACAUCUAGAUUAAUACACAUCCCACACAUUUGUUUCCGG